GGCCCGGGCAAGGGGUCCUCUCUGGGUGUGGCCACCGCGCGCCGCCGGAACUACGCUUCCCAGGCUGCCCCGCUGCAGCCGCGCGCCCCGCGCCCCGCGCCGCGCCCGGCCGGGAGCCGCCUGUUGAUCGCAGCUCCAGCCUGGGGCCACGGCGCCGCCCCUGCUGGUCGGACCCGCUCACUCCCGGCUGUAAGACUGCUGGGCAGGACCUUCCGCUUCGGGAUGGGCACAAGCAAAGUGGUAGUGUGAAGUUUCCGGAAGCUGGCCCGCUCAAAGGCGUGUGAGAAAGGUGUACCUUGGAAACCAUGGCGCUUCCCUUUCAAAAAGGGCUGGAGAAAUACAAGAACAUCGACGAGGACGAGCUCCUUGGCAAACUCUCAGAAGAGGAACUGAAACAGUUGGAAAAUGUUCUAGAUGACCUAGAUCCCGAGAGUGCAACGCUGCCGGCUGGAUUCCGACAGAAAGACCAGACCCAGAAAGCAGCCACUGGCCCAUUUGACCGGGAGCACCUGCUCAUGUAUCUGGAGAAAGAGGCUUUGGAACAGAAGGACAGGGAGGACUUUGUACCAUUCACAGGAGAAAAGAAAGGGAGAGUCUUUAUCCCCAAGGAAAAACCUGUAGAAACUCGUAAAGAAGAAAAAGUGACUCUGGACCCAGAACUGGAGGAAGCCUUGGCCAGCGCCUCAGACACUGAACUCUACGACCUUGCAGCUGUCCUCGGAGUCCACAAUUUGCUCAACAAUCCGAAAUUUGAUGAAGAGACAACCAACGGUGAAGGUCGCAAGGGACCUGUGAGGAAUGUUGUGAAAGGUGAAAAGGCCAAACCAGUAUUUGAGGAGCCACCGAACCCUACAAAUGUGGAAGCAAGCCUGCAGCAGAUGAAGGCCAAUGACCCCAGCCUGCAGGAGGUCAACCUCAACAACAUUAAGAACAUUCCAAUUCCAACCCUGAAGGAAUUUGCAAAGGCUCUGGAGACCAACAUCCAUGUGAAGAAGUUCAGCCUGGCUGCAACCCGCAGCAACGACCCCGUGGCCCUUGCCUUUGCAGAGAUGCUGAAAGUCAACAAGACCUUGAAAAGUCUAAACGUAGAGUCCAAUUUUAUCACUGGCACUGGAAUCCUGGCCCUGGUGGAAGCACUGCGGGAGAAUGACACCUUGACGGAGAUCAAGAUUGACAACCAGAGGCAGCAGUUGGGAACAGCCGUGGAGAUGGAGAUCGCCCAGAUGCUGGAGGAGAACUCAAGGAUCCUCAAGUUUGGGUACCAGUUUACCAAGCAAGGGCCACGGACAAGAGUGGCAGCUGCCAUCACAAAAAAUAACGACCUGGUUCGCAAGAAAAGAGUUGAAGGAGACAGGAGGUAAAGCGCCACUCAAAGGGGUGAAGUCUCACCGCGCGGCCAUCCAAAAAAACACACCCAAAAUCCUCUUCUCCACGGGACCGUUUGAUCCAAGGCUGUUCAUUUCCGUUAACCAUAUCCGUCAUAAUUUUAACUGUUACUCCUUUUUAGCGCUAAUUAUUUGUCUGAAAUAUGUGUAGCAGUUUGCCUCGCUCCUGGACACACCUGGUGGCUUGCACAAGAAGGGUGAUACAGAUCUUAGACAGUGACAACGCUGGAGAUGAUCUUAACCACUUUCGUAUUGGGUUUGUCUUGCUUUCUUAUGUGAGCCCUUUUUUUAGUCAUGGGAAGGGACUUAGCAUGUAGCAUGUGUUUGUAGCUGAUGACACAAUGAAGGCCUAUCUCUGUUUACAUGCAUCGCUUUGAGCUAGGCCGGGAACAUGGGGAGGGUGCUACUGACCACAUGAGACGUUAGUAUUGCCAAGCUUUCACAAAUUCUCCGUUAAUUCCAG